AUGGAUGCACGCCUAUCUGAAGACCCCUAUAAUACCUGCGGUGUGGGUCAGACGAGACGAAACGAGACAAGAUCUUGCUCAUUUCUUGUUCCGGGGAUGACAUUCACUUCUGGAAGUGCGGGGGAUAAUCGAUUAGGCACAAAUACUGAUAUUCAACCGUCCGUGACUGGCCCGUUGGUAUAUAAGUAUAUACAGGGUAUCGAGUUUACACACCUAUGUCUCUUGGAAUUCAUGGUACAAGUCGCGCCUUUAAUUUCCAACUUAAUCGUUCUAGUUUAUGUAUAUACAAGCGGAGUGCGGCCUCCGGCCGCCCAAAUGUAG